UGUUGCACUGUUUGAUGAAAUAAAAAUCAAUCGGUAAUGCAGUGAAAUUGUUGCAGCGGUGUAGCAGCAUUCUCUAUAAUUUUUUAUAAAGAUGAGAUUGACGUCAAUAUUCUUUCGUAACUCCAGAAAACCCCAAAAUGAAAACAAAGUACCUUUUAAGGCGCUCCUAUCAUUAAAACUGAAGGAGCAUGUAACCUCCAAGAGUCAAGCAGCAAUGGAGCGUGGAUGUUUGUAUGAAUUAUCUUUGCUCUUAACCUGUUUGGAAGAAAAUGAAUUUGAAGACAAAAGAUGUAUUCCAGAAUUUAACAAAUUAAAUGAUUGCUAUAACAUUUACUUAAAGAAGAUGCAGCAUUCACAAGUAGAACAAGAACAACUAGCACCUGUACCUAACAGCAAACACCAGACACACAAACAAAUUACGUAUCUCUUACGAAGAUAUCCAACAGUAUAGUGCUUCUUUCAUUAAGGUAUUAAUAUAUAUUGUAAAAAGGUUUAAAUCGUACACAUAUACAUGUAAAUAUAUAAAAAAAUAUUCAUAAACAUUAUGAAUUACAUCUUUCAUUAUACAAUA